CGGCAACCUGCCUUGACAGAAGCCAUCCUCCCUCAUUUUGCGGGCGCAAUGCAUGUAUCAGCAAGCUCCUUAACCUUCCGCAGCCUGGCAACGUGCACUCUGACCAACCUGGAGGAGAUAUAUGCUGCCUUCUGGUCCAAGCUCCACAUAGGAAUGCAGACCUCAAGGCCUGCUAAGCACAUUGCUUCUUUGUCUCCACAGCCGGGUGCCUUACGCUCCAGAAAUGACAGCAGCAUGGCAAUCGCCAGCAGUCCACAAGGGCGGCUUCACAGGCUGAAACGGAGGGCUCGUCUCGCACGCUGCCUAGACCUUCAGAUCAAGAAGACAUGACUCCGGAUCAAGCAAGUGAAAAUCUGCACUUCUGCACUGCCCACAACCCACUAGAUGCACUAAUCCUUGUCGACACCUUCACAUUGCCUGUUACCUGGCACCAACUGGGCCUCUAGCAUCCAAGAUACCUCCUACUCUGAAGGACUGUGUUUGAUGUCCAGACGGGAUUGG